UGCUGAAGUGCUUAUCUGCUAGUAAAAUUACAGCGCAGCAAGAAAAUCAUUGAUCGAUUAUAAUCGUCAGCUAAUCAUAAGCCUUUUCAACAAUUUCAUCCCUUGUUUUCCAUCGCAGAAAGCUGACGUAGCACGCAUCUCCUGUACCCAACGAGCCCGACCCACGGGGAGAUAGCGUUCGAAUCGAUCAAUGGAUUUGUCUGAAUUGUGGGCAAUAUUUGGUCCAGGCUUUGCCGGCGCCGUUUUUGGAGCCGGCUGGUGGUUUUGGGUCGACGCCGUCGUUUGCAGUUCUGUGCAAGUCUCGUUUCUCCACUACCUACCUGGAAUAUUUGCAUCUUUGGCUGCGUUGAUGUUUAAUUGUGUUAGAAGAGAGGACAUCGACUACUCUCCCUAUGAAGAAGGUGAAUGGAGGUUGAAGCUUUGGCUUUUCCUAGCAUAUGUUGUGUCAUUUGUGUCCUUGGCAGCGUCGGUAGGCUUGUUGAUACAAGAUGCACUUGUGCCCGAAGGUCCUUCUGCUUGGACAGGAACUGCAGGUGUUUUGCAAUGUGUGCUUGUCUUAAUUAGUGGGCUUGUUUAUUGGACAUCUCACUCCGAGUAAGAGGAGGAAUGAGUGAAGGGAAACAUUUGUGGUUUUGCGUGUUAAAAUGUUCUUGCUCUUGUAUAUGUAUGUGGCACUGUUGAUGAUCCAAGCAACAGAUACAUAGUAAAACACAGUGUUUAAAGUGAGUGAUUGACCGAAUUAUUUUACACUUGUUUAUAUGACCUUCCUUACCUUUUUGGUUAUCGUUUA